AUGAGGUUAUCACCGAGUGCUAUUGAAGACCUUUACUGGUGGAUAGCAUCACUCCCUACUGCCUACAAUGAGGUCAGUCAUGGAUCACCAGAUAUUGUGAUAAAUACAGAUGCCUCUUUGUCAGGUUGGGGGGAUGUGUUGAAUGAUCUCACUUGUGGAGGUCACUGGUCUCUAGUAGAACAGACUUUUCAUAUAAAUUAUUUAGAAUUGCUUGCUGUUCUCUAUGUAUUGCAAUCCUUUCAGGGCCAUUUGGAGCAUAAACAUGUAAGGGCCCUUAUUGAUAAUACCACAGCUGUAGCUUUUAUUACACAUAUAGGUACUAGCCAUGCUGGUUUAUGCAAUAGAACUACUAAAACCAUUUGGGGAUGGUGCAUUGCUAAGCAUAUUUGGAUAUUAACUGCCCAUAUACCCAGCGUUGAAAACGUCGGUGCUGACAAAGAGCCAAGUAAAUUACGGGAUGAAACUGAGUGGAUGCUUAACCGCCCAAUCUUCAAUAGAGUACUUGAGAUUCUGAACUUAACACCAGAUAUUUAUUUAUUUGCCUCACGGCUUAACCACCAAGCUGAAAGAUAUGUAUCAUAUCAACCAGACCCUCAGGCGGUUGCUGUAGAUGCCUUCUUAAUUAAUUGGAAAGACUACGAUGUAUUCUAUGCCUUUCCACCUUUUAGUUUAAUCACUCAAGUACUUCAAAAAAUCCAGAGCCAACAGGUAACCGGUUUAUUGAUUGUUCCCGAUUGGCCAACCCAAAUUUGGUAUCCCAAAUUAAUGCGAAUGUUGAUCAAUUAUUCACUGUUGAUACCCCCACAAGACUUGAAGUUGCUUUAUCUCCCUUACAACCCAGCGAAGAUACAUCAACUUCACAAAACAAUGUGGCUGUUGGCAUGUUAUUUGUCAGGAGAUGUCUCAAAGACGAAGGUAUUCCAGAGUCAGUUUCCAAGUAUAUCCACAAGUCAUGGAGAACAUCUACGCAAAAGCAGUAUAGCACUUACCUCAGUCAAUGGGAGGUUUUCUGUGAUACCCGAGGGAUUAAUCCAAUUUCACAUCCUCUCGAAAGUGCCUUAG